GUCCUUUUGCACUAUCUAAAAUAUAAAUAAACCUUGACCAUAAACAAACUACUCGUUGAAACAAACCAUGCUUUUCUGCCGUAUCGUGUAAUAAUGAGUAAUUUGAAAUAAUACUUCGUUAUCUGAAAUAAAAAUAAUUAAUUUGAAUGAAUUUCAUGACUUUCUCUUCAAGAAGUAAUUUCCUUUCUUCACCAUCUGCUUCUUUUUGAAAAUGACUGAAGUUUUUGAAGACAAGAGAAAACUAAUAAAAACAUUUUUAAAAUAUGAUGACCAAAGUGGGUAUAUUUUGAAAGAUGUAAGCAGUGAUGGAAGGAAAGCACCAUUUGAAAGCAACACUCUAUUGUUGCAAAUCUUGCUUGAAAUUGUGUGUAGAAAUGUAGAAAAUAGCGCACACAGGAGACAGCUUUUAUUUUUAAAAAUGUGGAGUAAACUCACUCAAACAAAGGUGACAGAUGAACUGAAAUUUCACAUGGAUGCUUUGUUGUCUGUCAGAAAUCAAGCAGUUGCUGAGUUUGAAAAGGAAUUGAUGAAAGAACUCUUUGAAAUGAAAUCAGAUCUGCGUCUCAAUGCUUUGGAUUCUUUAAAUAAAAGUCAAAAUGUGAUAAAAGGGGCUUCCAUUUACUUUGAGAAGUAUCAAUCAGAGUUUGAAGAGGUGUCGAGGAUAGGCCGAGGUGGUUUUGGCACUGUAUGCAAAGCACGCCAUAAAAUCGAUGAUAUCUGUUAUGCUGUGAAGAAAGUUGUGUUCAAAUACAAAAGAGAUUCUGAUUUUUUAAAAGUGAUCCGUGAAGUGAAAAGUUUUGCAUCUUUAAACCAUUUAAAUGUGGUCGGAUAUAAUCAAGCAUGGCUGGAGUAUAUCUCCUCUUUUGCAAAUUACAAUGGAGAAGAUAUUGACUCGUUUGAUAGUUCCACUCAUGAUGAGGCAAGUGACAGUAAAAGCAUUUUGAAAACUUCCGGAACUAUCACCGAUACCAGCCAGUCAUUUUACCUCUCCAGUGAAAGUGAAAAUGCUGAAGUCAGCAAGCAGAAUCCCACAUAUUUAGAUAACAAAAAAUGUUCUGAAAUACUAAAUGAAGCACCAUUAUUAAGGGUGAUGUUGUACAUCCAAAUGGAAUAUUGUGAUUUUGAUCUCAGGUUUUGGAUGGAUGAACGAGCUAAAGGUAAUCCUUUACCCUUUCAACUGACUACUUUUGAAAUUUUCAGAGACAUUUUAAGUGGAGUUGCUCACAUUCACUCAAAAGGUGUUAUUCAUAGAGAUUUGAAACCUCAAAAUAUCUUCUUUUCCACUAAAAAUAAUUGCAUGAAAAUUGGAGAUUUCGGUUUGGCCACCCUGGAGGAUGAAAUGAAGGAUGAUUCCGCUUCCAACUGGCACUGUGGUACAAUGCCAUACGUAGCACCCGAACUUAGAAAAAGUGGCAAAUAUGAUACAAAAGUUGAUAUGUAUAGCAUAGGAGUUACUUUAAUUGAGUUGGUGUCUGAAUCAAAAACGCGAAUGGAACUCAGUGUCAUAUUGGAUCAAAUUUUAUCUGGAACAAUACCAUUAGAACUUGACCAUCACACUCAAUAUGUGGCACUUAUGAAAAAUUUAGUUUCUUCUGAUCCUGCUGUUCGAUUUUCUGCCGAAUAUCUACUUGCCAAUCUACCAUUUUCAACUCAUUCCAAAACUCUUGAAAAUGAGAUAAAACAUCUGAAAAAGACGCUGAUAGAAAAGGAAAAAAGAAUUGAAGAAUUAGAGGUUUUGUUGAAAUUUCGUCAAAAUCCUGCCAUAUCUUAGUUUUUACAUCCAAGGUUAGAUAGUUGUAAACCAAAAAAGAUGAUAGAAACUACUCCUGAUUUUUGUUUUUAACCAAGAAUAUGUUAGCUGAAUUACAAACUCAUUACUUGUGAUUCUUUGUAGAGCUCUAAAACCUGCUCCAGAUAUUUCAUGUAUAGAUUUUUUUAAUUUUCUGUGAAAAGUAAAAUAAUGAAUGAUUUUUA